UGUCCUUUGUUCCUCAUUCAUAAAGCGGCUUCACGAGCGCGGGAUGUGUCACCGUGACCCCCCCGCACGAAAAGGACCGCUGGCCCUUUAAGGGUUAUGUAGCGGGGCUAGCCGAUGUAGGACGAGCCAACGGUGCGUUUCACUGCCCGAACUCCCGCUGCCAUCUCCAUCCUAAUGGCCUCUGUACCGCCGCCACUAACACCACCACCACCACCGAAGAUGAACCGACCAGCCAUCGGCCCUUCCCUUCCCGGAGCGGAGACGGACGUCAAGGCCUAAGCAGAGGCACCGGUAGAGGCGAGCCGCGCCGGGGAGAGCCGCCUCACAUCCAAUGCCACCCCGCUUUCCUCCAUGCCUUCGUUUAAGCCAAGUACAGCUAUACGAUAAAGAGGGGUGCGAACCCGGGCGGCGGCGCAGAAACAUGACAACGGACAAGAAUUAUUCUCUUAAUGUGUCGAUGCAGCAAGUGCUGAGCUCGCACAACUCGGCGGCGCUGCAGUGGUUCACAGACAUGUGGUACUGGGUGUUCCUGUGGUGUCUCUUCUCCUCGCUCUUCGUCCAUGGGGCGGUGGGGCUGCUCAUGUUGGUCAUGCUGCAGCGCCACAAGCGAGGACGCCUCAUCACCCUGGUGCUGGUCAGCGUGGGUUUCCUGGCCUCACUCCCCGGAGGUGUCAUCACCAGUGCGGCGGUGGCGGGUGUUUACCGUGUGGCGGGGAAAGACAUGGCACCGCUGGAGGCGCUGGUGCUCGGCGUGGGCCAGACCGCCCUCUCCAUUGUCAUAUCAUUCUCACGGAUCCUGGCCACGCUGUGAGGAAAACCCACGACCAGGUGAAAGGCAGAGCGGAGCGAGCACACCGAGCCGGGCAGAGACUUUAAGCCGGCUUUUGUGGAAGGAGACGAGGCAGAAAUCCUCUGGACCUUUGG